UGCAAGCAUCUCUUUAUCUCUGCACCCCCCUACCCCCACCGCCCACCGGUUGCUCUGGCCCAGGUCCAGCGUCCAGUGAGUGACCUCCAGGAAGAAGGGAAGAAUGCCAUCAACUUGCCCAUGUGCCCCGCCCCAGUGGAGGUCCACCCCGAAGACUCCCUGCUCGAGGAGAACGAGGAACGCACGGUGAUCGACCCCACCUCCAGGGAUGACCCCAGAUUCAAGGAGCUGGUCAAGGUCCUCAUCGACUGGAUCAACGACGUGCUGGUGGAGGAGAGGAUCAUCGUGAAGCAGCUGGAGGAGGACCUGUACGAUGGGCAGGUGCUGCAGAAGCUGCUGGAAAAGCUGGCAGACUGCAAGCUGAACGUGGCCGAGGUGACGCAGUCGGAAGUCGGACAGAAGCAAAAGCUGCAGACAGUGCUAGAGGCGGUGCAGGAGCUGCUGCGGCCCCACAGCCGGCCGCCCCAGUGGAGUGUGGACUCGAUCCACGGGAAGAAUCUAGUGGCUAUCCUCCACCUCCUCGUGGCCUUGGCCAUGCACUUCCGGGCCCCGAUUCACCUCCCGGAACAUGUCUCCGUGCAAGUGGUGGUCGUGCGGAAACGGGAAGGCCUGCUGCACUCCAGCCACGUCACUGAGGAGCUGACGACGACCACCGAGAUGAUGAUGGGCCGCUUUGAGCGGGACGCCUUCGACACGCUCUUCGACCACGCCCCCGACAAGCUCAGUGUCGUGAAGAAGCCUUUGCUGACUCCGUGUACGGCCUGGAACAUCACGCGUGUUCCUCUGUAGUUUGCAGACGGCGUGUACCUGGUGCUGCUCAUGGGGCUCCUGGAAGAUUACUUCGUACCUCUGCACAACUUCUACCUGACCCCUGACAGCUUUGACCAGAAGGUCCACAACGUGUCGUUUGCCUUUGAGCUGAUGCUGGACGGAGGCCUUAAGAAGCCCAAGGCUCGCCCUGAAGAUGUGGUGAACCUGGACCUCAAAUCCACCCUGCGGGUUCUUUACAACCUGUUCACCAAGUACAAGCACCUGGAGUGACCGCGAGGGGCAGCAGAGACCUCAGCGCGGACCACUCUUCGGGAGGUGCCCUGGCCUCCCCUCCCAGCCCGCGGUUGCUCCCCACCCCACCCCACUUUUUGUUUCUGGUAGAUGCUCUUCACCUCCUUCCCCUGUAAUUCCACAGCGGGCAGCAUCCUUAGAAAUGCAGGUUCCAAACACCAAUGCUUUGUGAGUUUGCAGCCUCACCUCACCGGGGUGCCACAGGGGGCCAAGUCUCUUGUUUAUCAAAA